UUCAGUUGAGCGUGAUGACUCAAUUAAUUGGGUUUAGAUAUUUAUCCCUGUCAGCCCGAUUGUUGUGAUAAUGCUUAUGACAGCAAGGUUAAAAAGAAGAGAAUGUGCUUCACGUCGUGCUAUGUUGUUCACAUAUUGCGAAACUAAUACAACUCGAUUACCUACAGCAUAUAUAACUGAAUACGAUUUUACAUAUUUACGUCAUACCAAUGGGCACCCAUUUAUGACUUAUCCACUCACUCGCCCUAUCCAUCAUCAACCUAAGCAGGAAUUUUAUGAUGAAACUGAUUACCAUUCUGAUGACGCCUGGAAGAUUACUGGUCUCUAUUCUACACAUUAACUAAAUAUCUCAUCAACCCCAACUUCUGUUAUAACCUAACCUUUACUCAUUCUCAUUCUCAUUUAAUCCUGAUCAUAACAGAAAAUGAUUGGUUGGAUAAAAUUGUUGGUAUUUUUCUCGGUGUUCUCUUACCUUCAAUGUGCCACACUGGAGGGUUCGUUUACAUCUACAACGGAAACGUCGGACUUCGAGUGCCCCUCGUAUUGCGCUUUCUGCUCUGAGGAAAUCUGCCACAAAUACAAUGGAACUUUCUACUAUGACGAUGAAGUCCCGGGUUGGGUGUUUUGGGUAAUUGGUAUUGAACUCGCAAUCAUUCUCAUCGUUUUAAUCGCCGUUAUCUGGAGCUGUUGUUUCUGUUGCCGAUGUUGCUGUUUUGCAUCUUAUCCGAAAGAUCUCAAGAAGCAAGACGAUUACCUCAUGGAUGAGAUACCCCUGCCUGAAUGUGAGAAACAUCAUGGCCAACAUGUGAACCGGUUAGCAGAGAAGUGUUAAGGAGCAUAUCCUCUUAUUUUAAACCUUGCUCACAUCUCCAAUUUCAAAUAUUGAUAUGAUAACAAAAAUUAUCUAGAAAUAAAUUUAUAUUUUAUUAUUUAUUUUAUAUUUACUUUUAACAAUUCACUAAAUUUUGAUUUUCCACCACAAUACCAUAAUCAAUUUCUUAUUGGCCUAACUCAAUUGAAACAUUGUAUCCGUUUGAAGAUAGUGUGUCAUGCCGACUUAACAUGGAUGAUGGACUUGAAAUCGUGUUGAAAAAUGGGCAUUAUAAUAUCCAGGCACGAGUCAAGUUUCGGGUUGCAGAAAAGAAAAAUUGUCAGUUUUUAUCAGUUUUUUAAGAAUUUGGAAUCUAUUUAUAUUAUUGUUCGAUUAGUUUUUUAGUGGGAUGACAAACCUACGAAGGUUCUUGUACAUACAGAGAUUGCACGAUUUAAAAGUGGCUCUA